CCCAACCCAUCUCCGGUUCUCUCUCUCUCUCUCUCUCUCUCUCUCUCUCUCUCUCUCUAAUCGAAAAUGGCGUGCCGCUUUAAAUGUUCUCUCCGAUAUCCGUACGAUACGCCGCGUUUUUCGUCAUGUUGUCGACUUCAAAACCCUAGUGUUCCUCUCCUGCUCAAUCUCUCUACGAAUUCUUCGAUUUCUACCGCCAAAAAGAUAUCGUACUCCGGUGGUCAGCGUCGUAGCCUUGUUAUCGUGAAGUCGCACAUGGCCACGGAGGAAAAACUGGUUUCAGAGGAUCGAAUGCUUGUUUAUGUACCGCCACAUCCAUUGAUCAAGCACUGGGUAUCAGUUUUAAGGAAUGAACAAACUCCCUGUUCCAUUUUUAGAAAUGCAAUGGCUGAGUUGGGAAGGCUACUUAUGUACGAGGCUUCAAGGGAUUGGCUGCCAACUGUAACGGGGGAGAUUCAGUCACCAAUGUCUGUUGCCUCUGUUGAGUUUAUAGACCCAAGGGAACCUGUGGCGAUUGUUCCAAUAUUAAGGGCUGGGCUAGCUCUAGCAGAACAUGCCUCUUCUAUUUUGCCAGCAACCAAAACAUAUCAUCUGGGGUUCAGCAGAGAUGAGGAAACACUUCUGCCAACAUUAUAUCUUAACAAGCUACCUGAUACAUUUCCUGAAGGGUCUCGAAUAUUUGUGGUUGAUCCUAUGCUGGCAACAGGUGGCACAAUAGUUGCAGCUGUCAACCUCUUAAAGGAACGUGGGAUUGGUAAUCAGCAAAUUAAAGUGAUAUGUGCUGUAGCUGCUCCUCCUGCUCUUCAAAAGCUGAGUGAGAAUUUCCCUGGCCUUCACGUAUACACGGGAAUAAUUGAUCCCACUGUCAAUGAUAAAGGGUUUAUAAUUCCUGGACUUGGGGAUGCCGGAGACCGCUGUUAUGGAACAUAAUUUGUUUCAAGCCAAUUAUUUUUCAUCUUCUUUUGCAAUUUUGAUUUGUUCAGGCUAUCAUAAAUCAGGAUGGUUCUUUUUGAGAUUUAUCAUUAAUGAGUGAACUAAACGAGCUUGUUACAUUUGCGAUUUAUCGAGUAUUGGAGCCAUUAAAAAUGGCAACUGAAAGCAGCCUCGUGAUUUUAUAUGGUCAGGGCUUUAUGUUAAAAUGUGUGUAUAAUAUUGUAUAUGUUUUUGCUGGACAAUUUAUCUUAUCUUUUUGUUGAUAA